AUGUUAUUUGAAGUUAAAGAAAUGUUUCUAACUUAUAGUGGCAAUAGGUCUGACUUUCCUCUUCUGGCAUUUCCAGAGGAGAAAAUAACCAAUGGAAAGAGAGGCCUUUUAAAAUUCAACUCAUGGUGUUUCCAGUUUAGCAGCACUGUAUUACCUGCAGUAAUCACAGUGAGACGCCCUCUUUUUGUCCCAAUACCCCCUCAUGUUUUAGGAAGUGGUUGGUGGCAGGACUUUUCUUGGUCUUUGUUUGUACCAUAUACACUUUACAAUAUAAGAUUUCUUCCUCCAGUAGAAUCCAAAGUAGAAUCCAAAGCAGAAGACAUUUCCAGUGAUAUACAGAAGCACAUGGCUAGUUCCUCUGGGCUGACACCCACAAGCUUCACUGCUCAGGAUGUAAAAGACCUGGAAGCAGUUCAUAAAAAUCCCCAAUCUCAGGAACCUAAGUCAGCCCCAAAUGGAAGCACCCCUCCCAGUCAGCCCCUGAACAGUACAAGUCGAAACACAAGGCUGGCAAGAAUGGUACAGCAGGUUAGAGAAGUACUUCCUCAGGUUCCCUCAUCAGCUAUAUCAAGAGAUUUGAGUCAGACACACUGUGUUGAUACAACUAUCACCAAUAUUUUGGAAGGAAGAGUCAGCUACACACCAGAGAAAGAGGACAGGGAAGCUAAGUCAGAUAGUGAUGGGAAGACUGCCUCUUCAGGGAAUGCUAAUGAAAAAACUUCAACUACACCUCAAAUAAAAUUUUCACGAAAUUCAGAGGAAAGGCAAAGACUUCUUAAUCAAAGGAAAGCACAAAUGCUUGAGAAUGCAAGAAGGCGCUUUAGAGAUAAUCAGCUUUAAGACUAGGAACACUGAUGAUCAUAAUUAUUUUGUGUUUCUUGGAAGUCACCUGUUCCAUACUUCACUUUAAAGUUUGUUUUCCCUGAAAUACAUGUUAGUUUGAUAGGGUAUCCUAGUCCCCAUCUUUGUCUAGCAUCUUUUGCUUCAAAUUUGUAGUUUAUAUAUAUUUAUCAUCCAUAAUUAUUAUUUUUAUCUUCCUGAUAAUUCAUACUUAGUCUGGCAGAUCUAUGAGUUUACAUUGUCUUUUCUCCAUAUCUGACUUUUUACUUGUGGCUUGGGGUUUUGUGUGCUUCAAGUAUGUUGUGUAAUGCCAGUUGAUAUUUAAUAGAAGAUGACUUAAUUUUUAGAACAAGUAGUUUAUGAAUUGCUCCCUAUUAAUAAUUUUUCACACAAAAUCCAGAGGGAUGCACUAAGUGAAUUGAUUUUAGGAUAAAGUUUGUCAUGUACCUAAAGUAUGUGUACUUGACAUUCUAGCUGGGUGAUAGACUUGGAGAUAAAUAUUGGAAUGCAUACUGAGUCAAGAAAAAAUAGUAACCUACUGGGUAAGCAACAUGUUGGGUAUUGUUAAGAAUAUUUUUUCAGAUUUCAAUGUAAUGUUGUCGGAAUGCAUUGACCAACACCAACAUUUAGUAUUAUAGAAUAUUCACUUUUUUAAAAUUUCAAAAGAUAUCAGGCACAUACAGUGUAAAUCUUCAAUAGGACCUCAAUAGAAGUGUCAUUCUGUUGGGAACCAAUAAGAGCUAGAAAGCCAACUGGCCUUCAAAACUCCUUACAAAUGAGAGGGUGAAUAGGGUUGUCUAUCAUUAAUAAUUAUUCCUAUAAUAAUUGAUUUUCCUAAGAGUAACUAGAGUAUAAAUGUUAGUAGUAACAGGUUAUAUUAUUAAUAGCUGCAUAUUAACAUAUUUAUGAAAAGUGAAUCCUACUUGAGCAGAAAGCAGGCCUAAAAGUAUAGUUGGGUUUGUGAGAUGAAUAAAUGCAUAACCUAACCCUUUCAAGUUA